UAUGGUGGUAGGUUUAGCAGAAGACUCACAUAACUCAUUGAAGGAAAAUGUGAUGUUUAUUUUAUAUAUAAUGUCUUUUUUUAUGUAAUUUAUUUCGAUUGACGCCUUCAGGAGGAUUGGAAUAUUCACACAUUUUAUUACGAUUUCAAGGAAAUGUCUUUUCACCCUGGACGUGGUUGUCCCAGAGGAAGAGGAGCUUCUGUGCAGCGUGGUGCUCCUCAGAAUUACAGACCUCAGAACCUCCACCAGAUCCCACCUCAGCAAUCAGUGCCCCUUUUCCAUUAUGACUCAUCAGCUACUCCCUCAUCUGGUUAUCCUAAUCCAGGUGUAGGUUACAUGCCUCCAAGACCUGAUUUUAUUCCAUACCCUCACCCAGCUCCUUCUCAAGGACAAAAUUCUUUAGGCCAGUGUCCUGUUAGACCACCGUUUCCAAACCCUCCCCUUAGAUCAGCUUUUACUGGACCCCCUAAUUUUCCUCCUCCACCAGUCCCUAGCCCUGGUAAUAACACUUUGUCUGGAUCAACAGACUCUAGUCAAAAUUCAUACCAUUACAUGAUGCACACUUUGCCUCCACCACCACUGCCGCCUCCACCUGUUCCACCUGCCAUGCCGCAACAAGUGAGCUAUCAGCCUCCCUAUUCUGUAAACUUUUCCCAGCAGCCUUUUCCCCCAUCCAGUUUUAGUUCAGGUUAUCAGCAGAAUUCAAGUACUUUUAAAUCUGAUCAAUUUAGACAUGCAAGUCAAUAUAAAACUGAAAAGAGCCAAAAUGAACGAAGGUCACCAGAAAGAAGCAGAAGACAUGAAGAUCACAGGCCGAAAGGUUAUGGCUACGGAGUGCACAAUGAUCGGCACAGGCAAGAUUACUUGGGAGAACGAAGAGACCAUGGGCGGAGUCCUGAUAAAAGAAAACAGGAGAGUAGUCGCCACAGGUCAGACUAUGAACGCAGCAGAAGCUCACCUCAUUACAGAAGCAGAGAAAGAAGCAGGGAUCGCCAUCGACACAGGGAAACCAGAAGGUCCUCAUCUAUUGAAAGACAACACAGAAAAGACUAUAAGAGGCCAAGAAGUCGUUCUGCCAGUCGUGAAAGAAAACGGCUUCGCUGGGAAGAAGAACGUGAAAGAAGACCUGAGAGUCGUAGUUCCACAAGAGACAGAAACUUGGCUUCACUGAAAACCAAGGAGGCGGAGGAUAGUCAUACUGAGAAAGAAGAUGAAGAAGAAGAACUAUUAAAGCCUGUGUGGAUUCGGUGCACUCAUGCUGAGAAUUAUUACUCAAAUGAUCCUAUGGAUCAAGUGGGAGACUCUACUGUUGUUGGCACAAGCAAGCUAAGAGAUCUCUAUGAUAGGUUUGAAGAAGAAUUAGGAAAGAGACAAUCAAGAGCUAAAGCAGCAAGACCUGAAUGGGAACCGCCAAAGACCAAACUUGACGAAGACAUAGAUGAAAGCUCAAGUGAUUCGGACUGUGAUUCAGAUGGAGGAAGCAGCUGUACUAGUAGCUCAGAUUCAGAAGUAUUUGAUGUCAUCGCAGAAAUCAAACGAAAAAAAGCCCAUCCUGACCGCUUGCAUGACGAACUGUGGUACAAUGACCCAGGCCAGAUGAAUGAUGGCCCAUUGUGUAAGUGUAGUGCUAAAGCCAGACGAACAGGAAUUCGGCACAGUAUUUAUCCUGGUGAAGAGAGUAUUAAGGCAUGUCGCCCAAUGACAAACAAUGCUGGUCGCUUAUUCCACUACAGAAUAACUGUAUCUCCACCCACUAACUUCUUAACUGAUCGUCCAACUGUUAUUGAAUAUGAUGAUCAUGAGUACAUCUUUGAAGGCUUUUCUUUGUUUUCUCAUACUCCACUUACUAAUAUUCCACUAUGCAGAGUAAUCCGGUUCAAUAUAGACUAUACCAUUCAUUUUAUUGAAGAAAUGACGCCAGAGAAUUUUUGCGUACGAGGUCUUGAACUGUUUUCAUCCUAUUUGUUUAAAGAUAUAUUGGAGUUGUACGACUGGAAUCUAAUGGGUUCAGAAAGUGACACCAGUUGCCCAAAGUUUCACUUCAUGCCUCGUUUUGUUAGGUUUCUGCCAGAUGGUGGAAAGGAGGUUUUAUCAAUGCAUCAAGUGCUAUUGUAUCUUUUACGCAGCAAUAAACCAUUGGUACCUGAGGAAGAAAUAGCCAAUAUGCUGCAAUGGGAGGAGCUGGACUGGCAGAAAUAUGCCGAAGAAUGCAAAGGAAUGAUUGUUACAAACCCUGGAAUGAAACCCAGCUCAGUUCGUAUUGACCAGUUAGACAGGGAACAGUUUAACCCAGAUGUCAUUACAUUUCCUAUAAUUGUUCAUUUUGGAAUACGGCCAGCACAGCUGAGUUAUGCUGGAGACCCACAAUAUCAGAAAUUAUGGAAGAGUUAUGUAAAACUACGCCAUCUGCUGGCCAAUAGCCCAAAAGUCAAACAAGUAGAUAAGCAGAAGUUAACACAGAGAGAGGAAGCACUUCAAAAAAUCAGGCAGAAGAAUACUAUGAGAAGAGAGGUGACUGUGGAGUUAAGUAGUCAAGGCUUCUGGAAGACUGGCGUUCGAUCUGAUGUCUGUCAGCAUGCAAUGAUGUUACCAGUUCUUACACAUCAUAUUCGAUACCAUCAAUGUCUUAUGCAUUUGGAUAAAUUGAUAGGAUAUGUAUUCAAAGAACGCUGUCUGCUUCAGCUGGCCAUGACCCAUCCAAGUCACCAUUUGAAUUUUGGCAUGAAUCCAGAUCAUGCAAGAAAUUCACUGUCAAAUUGUGGAAUUCGUCAACCUAAAUAUGGUGAUAGGAAGGUUCAUCAUAUGUACAUGAGAAAGAAAGGUAUUAACACAUUAAUUAACAUUAUGUCGCGUCUUGGCCAGGAUGAUCCUUCUCCUUCAAGAAUAAAUCAUAAUGAAAGGCUGGAGUUUCUUGGUGAUGCAGUUGUUGAAUUUUUAACAAGUGUGCACUUGUAUUAUUUGUUCCCUAACCUUGAAGAAGGUGGCUUAGCUACUUACCGAACAGCAAUUGUUCAGAAUCAGCACCUUGCUAUGCUAGCUAAGAAAUUGGAACUUGACCGGUUCAUGCUUUAUGCUCAUGGACCUGAUUUGUGCAGAGAGUCGGAUCUGAGGCAUGCUAUGGCCAACUGCUUUGAAGCCUUGAUAGGAGCUGUAUACUUAGAGGGUGGAUUGGAAGAAGCAAAGCAUUUAUUUGGACGAUUGUUAUUUAAUAGUGAGGACCUAAGGGAAGUGUGGCUUAAUUAUCCACUACAUCCUCUGCAAGUGCAGGAACCCAAUACAGAUCGGCAGCUCAUUGAGACAUCGCCAGUCUUACAGAAGUUAACUGACUUUGAAAAUGCGAUUGGAGUUCUUUUUACCCAUGUUCGACUGCUGGCACGAGCCUUUACACUACGCACUGUGGGAUUUAAUCAUCUAACACUAGGCCACAAUCAAAGGAUGGAAUUCCUUGGAGACUCCAUAAUGCAGCUUGUGGCCACAGAGUACUUAUUUAUCCAUUUCCCAGACCACCAUGAAGGCCAUUUAACGUUGCUAAGAAGUUCAUUGGUGAACAAUAGGACUCAGGCUAAAGUGGCGGAGGAAUUAGGCAUGCAGGAAUAUGCCAUUACAAAUGAUAAAACCAAACGACCUGUGGCUUUGAGGACAAAGACUCUUGCAGAUCUGUUGGAAUCCUUUAUAGCUGCACUGUAUAUUGACAAAGAUCUGGAGUAUGUACAUACUUUUAUGAAUGUUUGCUUCUUUCCAAGAUUAAAGGAGUUCAUACUCAAUCAAGACUGGAAUGACCCAAAGUCCCAGCUCCAGCAGUGCUGUUUGACUUUGAGAACUGAAGGCAAAGAACCUGAUAUACCUUUGUACAAGACUCUUCAGACUGUGGGACCUUCCCAUGCAAGAACCUAUACUGUUGCUGUUUACUUUAAGGGGGAAAGGAUUGGGUGUGGUAAGGGUCCAAGCAUUCAGCAGGCUGAAAUGGGAGCUGCAAUGGAUGCACUUGAAAAAUAUAACUUUCCUCAGAUGGCUCAUCAGAAGCGCUUCAUUGAGCGGAAGUAUAGACAAGAGCUGAAAGAAAUGAGACGAGAACGGGAACUUCAGGAGAAAGAAUCGGAUGAAACAGAAGAUAGGAAGUAGUAGUUAGAUGUAUAAAAAUGUAUAUCCUGUAAGGACUAGACUAUUUAUACAAAAUUGUCCUUCAAGACUUUUUUUUUUUUUUCUUUUACCAGAAUUGUAAAUCAUGAUCUUGGCAACAGUAGCAUUUCUUUGUGUUCUUAUAUUUGUAUUGUGUUUUAUUGACAU